CGCUACACGCUUCGGAUUAGGAAGCAGAAUCGCGAUCAAACAGCUGAGGAGUUUAUCACAGCUCGUGGAACGCAGUCACGAUGGAGGAUUGCUUGGUCAUUCUUCGCUUCAGCUGUGGGUGCCUGGUGCAUCACAGCACCUCCCUCCUUCGCUGUCUACACAGGCAUCGUCGGUCUCGCCAUGUACGCUUUUGCUUCGGGCAUACCCGUCCUCGUCAUCUCGCUCUUCGGCGCGCGCAUCCAGGAAAUGCACCCGGAUGUUUGCACUAUGCCCGACUUUGUGGGGAAGCGAUUUGGACCAGUGGCCAGGACGCUUGUCACCAUCAUCACCCUGUUUAACAUGAGCAUUGCCAUGCUUGCAGAGUACAUCACCAUCGGCCUCCUCUUCAAACUCUUCGUGGGCUCCGUGGACUACCCCAUCGUCAUCGUGGUCGGCAUCCUCACCAUGCUCUACACCGCCUACGGAGGCGUCUACAUCUCCAUCAUCACCGACCAAGCGCAGGGCAUCCUAACCGCGCUCUUUAUCCUCGUCCUCGUCAUCUACACCGCAGUCACCUUCCGCCCCGAUUCCCUGCCCAAACCGCUGCCCAACGACACAACCUACGAAACCGGAUGGCCGCUUGGUGCCAACAAGUUUGGUUACAGCGCCAUCUUUUCAAUGCCCUGUUCGCUCAUGGCCUCGACCGUGUUUUCCGAAGCCAUGUGGCAGAAGGUUUGGGCGUCCACCAGCCGUCGCGCGGUGGUGUUUGGAGGCGGUGUGGGUGCGGCGCUGAUCACGGUGGCGGUGUUCCUGUUUGGUUUUGGAGGCUGGCUGGCAGCGUGGGCCGGCUACGUGACAUGGGAUACCGACAGCAACCUGUAUCUGUUCCAGGUGUUUGCCUCUGCGCGUGACGACGACAACGCGUUCGGCGCCUCAGUGCAGGUCCGCUCCUGGGUUGGCGUCAUCAGCCUCAUCCUGGCCGCCACCAUGAACGAAUCCGCAAUCGACUCCCUGCAGAACGGCAUCGCCUCCGUGCUCGCGCAGCACUUCUUCAAGCGGCAGCACACCGCCUUCCCGCGCGCAAUCGUGCUGCUGGUCAACAUCCCGCUAAUCGUCAUCUCGCUGCAGGGCUACCGCAUCCUCUCCCUCUUCCUCAUGACCAACAUGCUCACCACCUGCUGCUUCCUGCUGGUCGCACUGGGGCUCUCGGAGCGACUCAAGCGCUUCUUCACGGAGAGCGCGCUGGUGUUUGGAUUCGCGGUGUCCAUGCUAACCGUCACGGCGUACGGCAUCGGGCGUCACUGGAAUGCGAGCGACAAGGGCUGGUCGGUGCGGUACGGCGCAUGGUACGUGUGGUACGGCAAUGUAAACUACGAUUGGGACUACUUCCUGGUGGCAAGCGGCUGGAGCUUGAUCGGCGCGCUGAUGUGGGCGGUGCCCUCCUACCUGUUGCGUACGGUGACGGGCGUGAACGGUCCGGGCAUCUCGGGGGCGCUGAAGAGGCUGCCGGGCUUUGGGUUCGUUACAGGCGAGGGGUUCCAUGCGGACCUCUUGUCUUUCGGCCCCAUGCGUCCCGUGGCUCGGGCCCUGCGUUACACCGCCAGCGGCAACAACAAAUACUCGUCCAACGCCCCCGACAUUCCGCCACCAGCGGCGGCACCCAAAACGGUCGAUGGCGAGGGUUACGGCUAUGCGGACGCACAGGGAAAGGCAGAGCAGGGACAGGAGAAGCAGCAGCAUGUGCUUUGGACCAAAGCGGGGGCUGGGCCGGACCCGGAAACGGGGAAGCCCAUUGUGGCCUAAGUAAGUGGGUUGCUUGCGUUUGUCUGUGGGUGCUGUUUGCUGUGGGAUGGGGUAUUGGCGGAUAAGGCAGCUGCACUCAUGCAGCCUGGGUGGGGGGACAGAACUGGCAGCGAGUAGGGGCUACCUGUGAUUGCUGGGAAGUGUCUGGGUGUGUAGGCGGGUGCAGGGGGAAGGGGGCUCUCAGCUGACAUGUGCGCAUCGACGCCUUGACUCUAGAAACCGAGAGCUUAUGCGUGUUUGCGUGCUGCUGGGAGGGGCAGUUGUGUGCAUUUGGACCUGACACCUUGGCGCAUUGCAUGGCGCGCUGCAUGGUUCAUUUGGAACUUGUGCGUGAUGGUCUUGUUCCUCCUUUCAUGCGGAGUGUCUGGUAUCAAUCUGGCAUCCCCAUUCCAGAGGGUUACUGCAGAAGGUGCGUGUUGCCUUCAACUGCUGCGUGCUCUGGGCUAUGUGGUUGGCCGUGACGACUGGCUGUUAUGUGACUUAUGUUGUGGCUGUUUAGCAGACCGGACUAUUUGACUGCGCGUUUAUCAUGUCGUUAAACCUGUUUGCUGGUUGCAUCUCACAAUGGCCAGGUAGCCACGGUGGAAGCUGCCGGCUGUGAAGGGUCCGUUUCGUGCCCGUGCGUUUGCAUGUGUUGCAUGGCUAACUACCUUGCCAGGUCGGAGUAAAGCGCCUGUACGGGGGGUAUUCGAGGCGUUAGCUAGGGAGCGACUCUUAAGCACUGGUUGAACACAAUGCGUUGUUGACAGUUUUGGAGGCGCUGUUACUGUGGCCGUACUGCUGCCCCUUUACCGCUGUUGCUGCUGUCACAGAUAAUGCGUGGUAUGACUAAUGACAGUUGCUUGCGGUCUCUCGUGUUCAGCGUGUCUUGUUGGUCUGUUGGUCAGGGAAGUGUACGGCUGAAAUUGCUCUUUUCUUCUCCUCUCUUCAAUAUGCCCUUGCUAUUAUACCGAUGAUCCUUUGAUUUGCGGGCUGACAACGACGCAGAGUUGUGCAAAAACGUCUUCUCCGGAGGCUCUCCUGUUCUUGCCGCUGCGCCUCAUGUGCGAAUUGUCGUGCGGCGUCACGGUUACGUUGAAGGAGGGAGUGAGUAGCUGUUUUGAGGGCUUCCUUUGAUCCAUGCCAGCCUCCUGCAAGCUCGAGUACUGCCCAAGAGUAUUGAGUUUAGCUUGGGAGCAGCCCCCUUAUUCAUCUCGUGAAAGCGCAGUUUGGUUGUGUCUGAAGGUUUCGGAACAAGCUUAUAACGAUUGUCGUUUGUGUUGUGUCGGAAGCAACAAAGGCCAUAUGUCAGCGGAGGGUAUCCUAGGUCCUCCUAAGUAUCCUGUCCUGGUGUCUAUCCGUUGGCUCUUAUGUUGCCGACGUUUUCGCACGCAUGGCAAUGUUGUUAUCGUAUUGUUGAAGAGCCACACAACGCGCUAGGGGUGCUCCGGGCGAGAGGACCGUGUGGGACGUUGUACGGCACUUUGGAAAUUCGCACCCACCAUGCCGUACACCGUCGUACCAUCGGUCCGCCCUUGCUCGAGCUGAGAUCAUACCCUCAAGACCUGCGUCGGUUAGUACCGGAUCAGGCAAGCCGCGGACAAGUUGAGGAAGAAGAAGGAGACAUGGGUCCUAGUUCUCGAUUGUUGUCGCAGUUUGAUGGUGACGGAGGGAUUAGAUAAACUGAGAGAGGAGAUGGCGUAUGAUAUGUGACCC